CGUUUUCAACGCUUGAAUGCCACAAUAUAAAAUACAAAAAGCAGUGGACAGUUGCGGUAAAAGAUUCACAUUCCCAAUAGAAGAUAGAGAGAAACCUAAUGUUCAGAUCUAAAACUAUCACCCCAACUUGUGUUUGUUUUUGUCGUCAGGAGAAAUUUGCUGAUUCUUCAACGAUUUGAGUUUAAUUUCAAAGUUUUCUUGAUCUAAGGUAAGUUUUUGUUCCUGUUGUUGCCUUCAAUUUUCGAGUGUCGAACCUUCAAUUUAUUAGCUUUUUGAAACAGACUGGAUAUUUUGUAUAUGAGAUGCUAUCAUAGAUUAGUCUUGAAGUUGAGUUUAGGUGAUGCUUUAAGAAAAUUUCCAACUGUUUAUGCUCGAAUUACUGAAGUUCAGUGAACUGGAGUAGUGUAUUCGGUUAUUCAACUGGCUGAUUUGUUUGUGAGAGCUUUUUCAGCUUCUAUUUCAAAGGGCUGGGUUUAAUUUCUGGUAUUUGUUAGUUUAGGUCUAAGGUAGUUCUUCCAUACUUUACUAUUUUGGUUCGGGGAUUUGCUGAUUGUGUGGAAUUAGUGGUUUAAGUAGUGAAAAUAUGGGUGAGAAAUUUUGGUUUAAUGAUGGAGAUAAGGCUAUGGUGGAAUCAGUAUUGGGUACUGAGGCCUGUGAAUUCUUGAAGUCAUCUGCCCCAAAAAAUGUGUUGGCUGAUUUGGUUUCACCUCCUGGUGAUUUGGGUGUGCAGCAGGGGCUAUGCCAGAUUGUUGAUGGAUCCAAUUGGAACUAUGCAAUUUACUGGCAUACCUCUAGCCUGAAAUCUGGUGGAUCUGUUUUGAUUUGGGGGGAUGGGCUCUGUCGGCACCCAAAAGGUGGUGCAAUGGGAGAUAAAAAUUCUACUGGGGAUGAAAGCUUGGAAGAGGGUGAGAGGAAAGUGAAGGUGAAAAAACAGGUUCUCCAAAAGCUACGUGCUUCUUUUGGUGGGUUGGAGGAGGAUAAUUACGCAUCAAGGUUAGAUGGUUUGUCAAAUGUGGAGAUGUUUUAUCUCACUUCAAUGUAUUUUAGCUUUCGAUGUGAUUCGGCAUAUGGUCCUGGAGAGUCUUAUAAGUCUGGUAGAUCAAUUUGGGCUUCAGGCGUAGUUCGUUGUGUAGAUCAUUAUCAUUCAAGAUCCUUUCUAGCCAGGUUAGCUGGAUUCCAAACUCUGGUGUUUAUUCCAGUGAAGUCUGGAGUUGUGGAGCUUGGUUCAGUCAAAUUAAUUCCAGAGGAACAAGGUGUUGUGGAGAUGGUUAAAACUGUUUUUGGGGGAACAAGUUCUGUGCCACAGAAGACAAUUCCAAAGAUAUUUGGGCGUGAGCUAAGUGUGGGUGGCUCAAAAUCACGUUCAAUCAGCAUCAAUUUUUCCCCUAAAGUGGAAGAUGAUUUGAGUUUUGCUUCAGACUCCUAUGAUUUACAAGCAAUUGGUACAAAUCAAAUGUAUGGAAAUUCAUCAAAUGGUUGUCGAUCUGAUGAUAAUGAAACAAAACUUUUUCCACAUUUGAACCAAAUGAUUGUUGGGGGUUAUGAUGCGCAGGCAAGGGUGUCUGGUUUGGAGCAGAAGGAUGACUCUCCAUCUCAAGCAGAUGAGAGGAAACCAAGGAAGAGAGGGAGAAAGCCUGCAAAUGGGAGAGAAGAACCAUUGAAUCAUGUAGAAGCUGAGCGGCAGAGACGUGAGAAGCUUAACCAGCGGUUCUAUGCAUUAAGAGCAGUUGUGCCUAAUAUAUCUAAGAUGGACAAGGCCUCUCUACUUGGUGAUGCCAUCACUUAUAUUACAGACCUUCAGGCGAAAAUCAGGGUUUUGGAAACUGAGAAGGAGAUUAAGCAAAGGCAGAUUUCUGUAUCAGAGAUUGAUUUUCAGCCAAGACAUGAGGAUGCAGUUGUCGGGGUGAGCUGCCCUUUGGAUUCCCACCCAGUUGCUGGAGUGAUGAAAACAUUCAGCGAACAUCAGAUUAUGUCUCAAGAAUCUAACGUGGCUACAACAGAUGACAAGGUUAUUCACACUUUCUCCAUUCGAACUCAAGCAGGUGCUGCAGAACAAUUGAAGGAGAAAUUGAUUGCUGCAUUUUCUAAAUGAUAUGAUUGUACAAUAAGUCGUGUUUAUCAGGACUACACUCUGCAUGCCAACUCAAUAACGGCGUCUCCUUGUAGAAAAGUUUAGUAGCCUUGUGGCAGACAAAUUGGUGAGUGCCUUUGUCUGCAUAAAUGAUCUGUAUUAGGAGUGUUUCAUGAAUGUUUUCUCAAACUCUUGGGGACUGUUACUCUUGCUAUGCUUCUCUUUUAAAGUCAAUUUGUAUAUGAUUACUGUCGAUGUGACAGGAACAGGUGGAUGAAUUAUUUAUGCAAUGUUAUGCGGUAUAAAAAGGGAACUCAGAACUCUGUAAACAA